CAUUUUGAAUGAGGUUUAUUUCUAUUUCUAUUGUGGUAUUGGUAAUUUUGCUUACGUAACGUUAAAGGAUCUAAAUGUUUGUAGCUAGCUAGUGGGGGAAUUACAGUAUAUACAGUAUUUAGGGGCUUAAUGAACCUCGGAUGGGUCACCUGGGCGACGGUCUCUGAUUGUUGAAAGAUCUCAAACACCCAAUGACCUCAGGAAACAUCACUGAUGAUGUAUGAUGUCGCAAAGCACUUUUUUUGUUACAUAUCUGCAUAAAUUAGAACUAUUGAUUAUGACAUCACGGCAUUCUGGCUCCUUUGAUUAAAAGUCAUAUAUAACUGACAGUUCAGUUCGCCUGCUGAAACAGACAGACAAGUACAGUUUGACCUUCAGUUUUAAGUGUUGGAAACAGUUACCAAGAUGUUUGCACUGCGUCGUUUUCAGAAGAAGAAACCUGCGGAAAGUAUUGUGGCACAUGAGAGCCAACAGCGCCCCGGCUCUCAUGAGAGUGUUGCUGCCACCACUCCAGCUUCAGCCACGUCUGCUGAGGCUGGAAAGCAGACUAAGAUCAAGAAGGUUCCUUGGAGGAACCGGCUCUUCGGUCACCCUGAGAAGAAGGAAACCAAGGAGGUCGAGGAAGGAAAGGAGAGCACUUGUGAGCCAAAACCAAAGGCCACAAAGACUCCUUGGUGGCGUCGGCUCCUCACAUGCUGCAAGAGAAAACAUCGGGUCGCUCCGGCUGCUACCAGCGACGAGGAAAAGGAGAAGAAAGAAGAAAAGAAGAUCAGAAGCUCUCCAACCGGAAACUGUCACCUGGAUGAGGUCGUGGCAUUCAGUGUCGCUAUUGAGGAGUUCCUGCUGUCUACUGAGUUGCCCUACCUGAACCCGUUGACGGUACAGCUCCUCCAGGAUCAGUUUAGCAGCACCAAAGGGAGUCAAGUUGGUGUUGGUGAUGGUGUCAGGGGGAGCACCAUCAACCACUUCGGCUUUCCAAAUCUUGGUCAGAGUUGUUACAUCAACUCCAGCCUGCAAAGCCUCCUCACGCUGGAGGACUUUGUCUCUGAUGUAAGCCGCCAAGAUUUGGUCUGGAGUUCAUUCCCUGAGGCCCGACUGAUGAGGUACAGCAGCUCACACACACAUUCAUGUCUUGCUCAGGUUUAUCUACAAACUCCAAGAACAAAAUGUAAUAACAUAUCUAACACAUCUCUUCUUUUUUCUUACGCCCUCUGCAGAACCUUCAUGGCCAUUAGAGAUGCCCGCGUGUCCACAAGCACCCAAAGUAAAGUCCGCCUCCUCCGCUCAUUCAAGGAGGCGGUCUCUGUCCAGGCUCCAGAGUUCAGGGAUCAUCAGCAGAAAGACGCUCAUGAAUUCCUGACCUCGGUCCUGGACCAGAUGAGGAGCCUGUCUCCCUUGCUGCAGGAGACUGUUGCCAACAUGGGCACUAGAUACACCUGCCCUGUUGAGGAUCACCUGGUGUUCAAGAUGGAGAACACCAGGACAUGCAGCAGGUGUGGCGCUCAGUCCAGAAGGCAGGAGGAGUUCACUAACCUGUCUCUGGACUUGGUUCCUGGUGGCUCCGUGGAGAAGAUGUUGGAGGAGUACCAGAAGGAGACAGCGUUGGACUACAAGUGCGAGUGUGGAGGGAGCGAAUCGAGCCAGAAGCCGGCCUUUGAGACCCUGCCGAGUGUGCUCAUCCUCCACAUAAAGCGCUUCCGCUUCACCCCUUCCUGGCAGCUGGUGAAGGUGCGUGACCCCGUCAUGCUGAACAGGGAGCUGGUGGUGUCCUCCAAACAGGGUGGCAGCUGCUACAGCCUGGUCAGCACCGUCAGUCAUCUUGGGGCAUCAGGAGACAAAGGACACUACAUCUGUGACAGUGUCCAUCCUGAUGAGCGUCCGGACACGACAACUGACCGCUGGCUCACCUUCAACGAUGCAGCGGUCAGUGAGACAACUGGUGUGUCCGUGUGUAAGGAGCGGCAGAAAUCAGCCUACAUCCUUUUCUACAAGAGACAGGUGUAG